CCUGGAUAUCCUCGGAGCGCGCGACCCGGACCAACGCCGAUGGGCUGGAAGGCGGCUGCACGCCACCUAGGCCUGGCAUUCAAGGCCUUCGCCCAGUAUGAGGAGCCCCCUGGAGGGUGUGGUGCACCACCGAUCGAUGACCCUGUGCCGCCGACACCUGAACGCGUCGCUGACGGUGAUGCCGCAGCUGCGGAGAGAGAGGCGCGAGCGUACGAGGCCGAGCUCGCCGCGCACCAGAGUGGAGCAGCGGAGUGGGAGACGCUCGAGCGCGAACACCUGUGGGAGCUGUUCUGGAGGGACACCACGCAGAAGAUCGCGGCGCUGGCGGCGAUGGUCUUUGUCCUGUGGCUGCUGUACUCGCGCUACCGGCAGCUCCGCGGCGGAUCGACACUCACUCGCGAAUCAGCAAAGCUCGCCUCCGGCUACAAGGCGCCCGACAAGGCGGAUCUGAAGGCCAAGGCCUCCGCCUCGGGCAGCGGCGAGGCGAGCGGCAUUCUCUGCCCAGCCCACACCAUCUACCUUGGCCCAAUCUCUUGGCCCAAUCUCCUCACCUCAAGCUCACCACCUCUCACCACCACAUCCAAUCACCUCGACGCAUCUCUCACCUCCCUUCCUUUCUCCUCUCCUCUCGGCUCAUCACAGCUCGUCUCGGCGCACCUCGGUCCAGACCCUUCCUAGACCUUUCCCAGACCCUUCCU